AUGUACAGCUUCAUGGGAGGUGGGUUGUUCUGUGCCGGAAUCGGGAACAUACUCCUCAUCGUCUCCACGGCAACUGACUACUGGAUGCAGUAUCGUCACUCCAGCAAUUACAUGCACCAGGGUCUGUGGCGGUACUGUGUGCCCGGGAAAUGCAUGGCUCACACAGACAGCAUUGCGUACUGGGACGCCACCCGUGCCUUCAUGAUUCUUUCCCUGCUGGCUUGUUUCAUUGGCAUUGUGAUCGGCGUCAUGGCCUUCAUCCACUACUCCUCCUUUGAUGGGUUUGACAAGACAUUUGCAGCCGGCAUUCUCUUCUUCAUCUCCUGCUUCUUUGUGUUGCUGGCCAUGGCUGUCUACACAGGAGUGACGGUGAACUUCUAUGGUAAACGCUAUGGCAGCUGGCGGUUCUCCUGGUCCUAUAUAAUGGGCUGGGUGGCAGUGGUGCUCACUUUCUUCUCAGGUAUCUUCUACAUGUGUGCCUACCGGAUGCACGAAUGCCCAAGAAACUCUAACUCGCGCUAA